CCAAAGAGCCUCUCUCUCCCUCUCCUUUUCUCUCCCUCUCUUUCCUUCCUUUCCCGGUCGUACUCUUUCCUACCCUUACCGUCUUCCGCGCUGGAGGGGGGCUCUCUCUGUCUCUCUCUCUCGAGAUCCUCUGCCCACCCCAGCCUCACCAGCAUAGACUGUGUUCCUUUCCCAUCCUAGAGACACGACGAAGAGGCACAGCAGGGCGGACCUGCCUCAUCCUCAACGACGAUGCCGCACGGCCAAUUUGCGCCGCUGCUUAGCCUCGCGGCCCACUGGCAUUCCUGCGAGGGCGAGGUGCCGCCGCCGAUGGUAGGCGCCUCGCUCACACUCGUAGACAGCGGUCCGCACGCAGGCCAGGCCUACCUCUUCGGAGGCCGACUUGCCUCGACGCGAAAGCUGACAAACGAUCUCUAUGAGCUCAACCUCACGACGCUGCGCUGGCGCAAGCUCUUUGCGGGCAGCGAGGCAGACGAUGCGCCCGGCCCAUCCUCUCCAUCCUCGUCGUCCUCGUCUCCGUUUGCGUCGUCAUCCAAGCAGCCGAUCCAGCGCUACUUCCACUCGUGCGACCUCUGGAAGAACAAGCUCGUCGUGUUCGGCGGCAUGGGCUUCCACAAGGACAAGGCCGAUGGGGGCGCAGGCGCAGGCGCCGAGGGGAGCAAAUCCGCAGACAAGAGGGCGGCGGACCCACAGGCGUCCCUCUUUGUUCUCAACGAGGUCAUUGCCUUUGACCUCGACACGGGCGAAUGGGAUCUCGGCUUCGACAAGUCCUCUGCUGCUUCUUCUUCUUCUUCUUUCAGCAACGAGGCCGAGGAGGAAGAGACGAAAUUGCCAGACCCGCGCUAUGCGCACCUCUCGUCCCUGACGGGCUCGUCGCUCGUCAUCAUUGGGGGCCAGAGCGCGUCGAACCAGUACAUCCAGGAGAUCAACGUCUUUGACCUCGAAAAGAGGCGGUGGACUCUGAGCCACCAGUUCCUCAAAAUGUGCGGAAGCUAUCGAAGCUUGGCUGCAGGUCCCAAGCUGGUUGUUCAGUCGCCAAAGUCGAAGGAUGCAGGCAAGGCAAAUGGGGACCACGACCACUCUCUGAUGCAUGCAGGAGUAUCAGCGUCAGCGUCAGCAGCAGCGCGAAAUCGUGCGGGAAGCAUCGCCUCAUCAGCGCUCUCGAAGUCGGCCACUUCUGAUGCGACAUCGUCGAACGCCCAACGCCUGUCUUCAGGCAGCCAUGCGCCAUCGAUGGCCAUGUCCCUGACCGACUACCUUCCCAUGAGCGUGCGGCCCACGGCAGAGGAUGGCACGGAGGAGCCCUUGCCGGUGUUUGUGUACUCCAACUACAACUUCACCGACGUGAAACGAGAACUGGAGCUGGUCCGGCUGCCCUCUGCGAUACCCAACGGCCUGCUGUCGGGCAGAGAUCGCCGCGCAUCGUCGGCCAGUGAAGACUCAGAGCUGGAUGGGGAGGUGUCGAAUCCACUAGCAGCAGCGGCGGCGGCGGCUGCGGCGACAGCAGCGUCGACAAGGCCAGGUGCGGCGGCGGCGAAGAAGAGGAAGGACAUCACCAUCGAAGACCGGUCUUUUGCCAUGACGGGCACUUCAUUCCCUCCGGGCCUUCGCUUUCCCACCGGCGCUGUCCUGGGCAACCACUUUAUCAUCUCGGGCACCUAUCUGGCCAACACCUCACAGACGUUUGCCAUCUGGGCCCUCAACACCACCACCAUGGUCUGGACUCGGCUCGAUGUCGGGAGCAGCCUGACCCAGGGAUCCUGGAAUCGCGCCGUGCUCUGGCCGAGCCAGAACCGGCUCGUUGUCUUUGGUAAUCGGCAGAGAGACCUCGUCGCCGACUACAACCACCGACAGUCCAACUUUGACGACAUUGUCGUCAUUGAACUCGAGGCCUGGGGUAUCCACCAAGCACCCAUGCGGCCUGUGGGGGACAACAGCAACAUGGAGAUGGGCCUGGAAAAGCUGAUGGCGAGCGCCGUGGGCAGCCUGGGUGCUGCUCUCGGCGCUCGCGAUCCCGUCGAGGAGCUCGCGUCGCCGCUGAGCUUUGGGGGCCGAGGCGACUUUGAGAUUGUAUGCUCCGACGGCAUGCGGCUGGGAUGCGAUCGCAUCGUGCUCGAGAAGCGGUGGCCGUGGUUCCUGUCAAAGAUCCGCGAGUACAAGACAGAAGCGAGAAGGGUCGCGAGGAAUAUGAGUUCGUCCUCGUCGAGGAGACGAACAGAUCAGCUCAAGGCGGUUCUCGAAUCUGAUGAGGAGGAUGAUGAGGGAGAGGACGACGAGCGGCAAGGGAAUGCAAAGGUGCCUCUUCAUCGCCUUCUGCCAUUGCCAGGCGCGAGGGGGAAUGACCCUCGGCUUCUACCGAGACAACUGGUGAUUGGCGAGCCGGCGCCCGUCAUGCUCGCUCUCCUCCAGUUCUUCUACACGCGGUGUAUCUGCACGGCCCUGCAGCGGCAUCCUGCCGUGGUGGCUGCGCUGCUCAUUGCAGCCAAGGUCUACCAGCUCGACGAACUCCAACGAUGGGCCAAGCACGCGGCGCAUGUCUGUCUCUCCACCGAACUCUCCGUCCCUGUUUCUAGCAGCGAUGCCAACUCAGCGGGUGGGACGCCCACCUCUGCAGUCAGUGCGACCCACGACCGAGGCCUGGCUCCCAUGGAGAGACAUCGCCUCGCCGUCGUCAUCUACGAGACGGCGACCAUGUGUGGCCACGAGGCGCUCCAGAUCCGGGCACUGAGAAUCGUCAUGUCGGUUUCCAAGUGGGUCCAACGAACCUCGUCACACCCUCACGCCGCGCUCGAUGGCAAGCACGGCCUGUCGCACGCAACACCAGUCAUGGCAAGCGCAACGCAGGGUCCACACGACGGCGAGACUGGCAUGAUGAGCCCAGCGGUCAACGAGACUCCGGCCAUUGCAUCUAUGACUUGGAGCUCAAUGGGUCGAGAGGAGGACGUCUCUUCCUCUGGUAUGCCCCACCCCGCCGAGAUCAUGCUCCACCACCACCACCACCAUCCAGCGGACAGCGCGAGCGAGGCACCAUCGGAAACGGACACCGACACCGAUCUUAGUGGUGCCAGGAACACCUCUUCGAAGAUCGAGAGGAUGCUCGGCAUCAGUGCCGGUCAACAGUUGAAUGGAAAUGCCUUGAGCAAGGCAGAGAGGACGCUCGGCAUUGAGGCAGCACCGUCGAGGCAGCAGCAGCAGCAGCAGCAGCAGGCAUUGCCUGGCUCAACCUCGAGUCGGCUAAUCGACCAGAGGAGGCCGAGUGCGACGCAGACGUCGUCGAUGCUCUCUGUCAAGACGAGCAGCACGUCGAGCAGCAGUCGCAAGCGAUUCAGCAUCUUUGGAAGAAGCACAAGCGACAAGCUGCCGCCGAGCCCUACCUCUUCGGAGAGGCAGCUCGUGGACGCGGAAGGGCAGCGGACAGGCGCAACUGCCGACUCGCGCAAUCUCACGAGGGUGCCGACGGGGGAGAACGGGCAAUCGUACGACUCGGGCCGGACCGCCUUGCCAGCGGGUGCGCGAAGCAACGGUGUCGUCGCCGGAACCGGUGCAGCAGCGGUGCCACAGGGUUCCAGAUCGACAAAGUGGACGGGCUCCGGCGCGCAAGCUUCCUCGGACUCGCCCGCAUCGUCCUCUCCGGCGACUAGGGUCAUGAAAGUACCAGCACCGAUCCAGACGCAUCGACGGCCCUCGGUGGCGACAAAGGGCAGUCCCAGGUUCAGAGACAGCCCCGGGCCAUCAACGCCCACGUCGACGAAGAGCGGUCAGCUGAGCGAGAACGACAAAGCCAUCCUGCAUAAGAUGUCGAGCUUCGUCUGACCUGGCUGCCGAAUUCCCCUGGUUUUUUCUGUACCAAUUCUCUCUCUCUCUCUCUCUCUCUCUCUCUCUCUCUCUCUCUCUCUCUCUCUCUCUCUCUCUCUCU